CGCAAAAGAGACAAGCCCACCUCUUCCGCCACUACCUCGACUUGGAUCUGGUCUGCCUGCUACAUCGUCACGAUGGUACGCCAUAAGAAAGACGGUUCCUCUUCCAAGUCCAAGAAGUUUUCUACCAGAUCGCGGCAUACCCCUCGCUCGACACGCGAUCCUCGAGAAGGUGGCGACGACGAUGCCAUUCCUGAGCGCCCGCCUUUCAAAGCAGCAUGCUGGGAUUUUGGUCAUUGUGACUCAAAGCGCUGCAGCGGCAAGAGACUCAUGCAUUUCGGCAUGAUGCGAGAGUUAGCUGUGGGUCAGAAAUUUCCUGGAGUAGUCAUCUCGCCCAACGCAAAGCAGAUCUUAUCACCAGCAGACCGAGAACUACUCGAACAGCAUGGCGCCGCGGUGGUGGAAUGUUCUUGGGUCAGGGUACAGGAAGUUCCCUUUUCACGGAUAGGCGGGAAAUGCGAACGGCUUCUGCCCUAUCUUGUCGCCGCCAACCCCGUCAACUACGGGAGGCCGUGGAGGCUUAACUGUGUCGAAGCCCUUGCCGCAUGCUUUUGCAUUUGUGGGCAUGACGAUUGGGCCGAGAUCAUCCUACAGCAUUUUCCCUAUGGCAAACCGUUUCUCGAAAUAAACUCUCAACUUUUCAAGCGGUACGCCGCAUGUCAGAACGAAGAGGACAUCAAGAAGGCCGAGGAAAAGUGGCUCGCCAAGCUAGAGAAAGAGUAUGCAGACAGCCGAGUCAACAAAGAUCCCGCUGGUGGAGAAGAUGACUGGGCUGGGGGGAAUAUGAAUAGGAGGGAGGUCUACGAGUCUGACGACGAAGAGGCUGAAGAAGAUGAAGAUGCCGAUUCGGAGGCAGAUAAUGAGCACGGCCCACUGCAGCAAGGCGUACCUCUGGACCUCCCCCCUGACGAAGAAGAUGAAGACGAAGAGGCUGAGAUGGCUGAGAUCCGCCGCAAGAUCCUCGCCUCCAAGCCAUUCACGGACAACUUCCCUGCAGAGCCCCCAAAGAAGGACAUACAGCCGCCCAAAAGCGAGGCAAUCGAUAAUAGCGAUACCAGAAUGACACUCCCAUCGACAGGACAGCCGCGGGAGUUGGUUGAUUCGGACGCAGAAUCAGGCUCUGCCGAGGAAGACUACGACGACUUUGACCAGAUUGCAAAUGCGACGCCGGUGACCGACCGCACGGGCCUAGUGGCACGCGAAAGACAGAAGAAGCUCGAACAAGCGAGUGCCUCAUUUUCACGUACAAUGCUCUCUGCCCCGAAAAGGUGGUAGCAUCUUCGCGACGCGAUUGCGUUGAUUCGAGGUCGAAUUUCUUGGUGGCUUUGUGAAGUUUGCAUGAUUCAUAUUCAGCAUAUCGGACAUGUUUCACUCUACGACGUGUGAGCCUCCAUCGUCAUUCGCUUGGGAAUUGGCAAGACGAGGAGUCACAUGGAACCCACAGUCAAGGAUAUUUGGCCUGGGUUCAAAACCAAGAACACGAGAUUGGAGUGAAUGGACGAAGAUGGGCAAUUUCCACACUCCAAAGACCGAGAAUAUUCAGCGGAAUCGAUCCUCCGAAUAUAUAGGCUGUCCGCGAAGUCACCGAUGUCGCUCACAUAGUGUUAGAGCUGCCGCUUUGUUAUUGGUGGGCAUCGAAAAAUCCAACAUUGCCGGCCAUAGGAACGGCCAGACCAUCUGGACGGAAGUCAGCCUUCUCUGGCCCAGUCACUAGCGCCCGAACGCAAUCGGCACUCAGAUGUCGCAGGCAUUCAGUCGACUGUCCAAAUUCGCUUCCGCACAGCGGUGAAAGGGCAUUGGCACAUGUACCAGAGGGCCAGCAGAUGAUCAUGCCAACGAAAUAAGCAGCACCGAUUUCCUCGCAUAUAGCGAUAUCGAGGGGCACUCGGUGGGUCAAUGAUCUUCUGGUAUCGACACAGGUUUAACAACACCAGCGGUUGUCUUUUCCGGUCUCACAGGCUCUCUGCGUCAAGCCCCUCAGCUCUCAAUCACCAGGUGCACAGAUCCUCCGCAUUGGGGGAACGAAAGAACAGUCUUGAACUGCGCGUCGCUCCAAGUAGCUUCGUUGGAGGUGCAUACAUGUUUGCGGCCCUCAGACCUUACGGGCUUGGGCGUGCCGUCCGCAGCACAGAACAUGUCCUUAGGGAAAGUUAAAAGGCCAUGGCUGGUGGGGUCAACAUGAAUGACAGGCCACCAGUUAUGUGCCUUUGGAAGGGAUGUCCGUUGACGUCUAUGGGCCGCAUAAGCGAGAUGGUUUCAGAGUCCGUGCAGCUGGCAAUGUUUGCUUCCAAUACAUGCAAGGGAGGCGACGACCAGGGUGGUCAUAAGCUGGAUUGUAUUCUCCGACCAGUGAAAUUGCUCCAGGGGCUGUUUUCCGUCGAGCCUCACUGUCUCGCCAUGGAUAUACCGAGAUAUUUGCCUUUCUCCGCGCAACUGAGCACACAUCCUCGCUUUCGAUAUCACCCUGUAGAAAGUACAAGAGCGCACGGUGGCAUAGGGCAACCCAGCGCCCAAGUGAUCGUCUUCACUGCGACAUUGGGGCGACCGGGCUGCUGAUCCGGUGGAGAUCACGGAGGGGAAUUCUCGUCAGACGCCUCACUGUGUCUCAAUGCGCCUCAAUGGAUGCUCGGAUAUUCUAGCCGCGGAACUCGGGCGGGUGGUGCUGAACCUUCUUGUCCCGCUAGCAAAACACAAAACUUGCAGCUCUUCCAAGCGAGCCACUGCCCGAGUUGGGAGGGGAGGAGGUGCGAGCAAGUGGGACGUAUUGGCGAAGUUGAUGGUCCAAGGAGAGCCGAUGCAGGAGUUGUUGCCUUUUCAGGAGUCUCCCAGCACCGAUCCCCAUGUGCUGGUCUUCUGCUCUGGCUUAUACGAGAGAUUAUUGGGGAGUGACCGGGACAGUCCACACACACAUCUUAUAGAUAUCGGGUGACAAAGGAUUGUAGACGGAGUAUACAGAGUCGAUUCCUCCCAUUUGACCCUCUACAGCCAGCAGUAAAGGCAUUUUUUGCACAGAGUCCGCAAGGAGGACUAGAUAGAAGUAAUCUCCCGGUGGUGGAUAAAUAGUCACUAUUCCAGAGAAGAUGAA